UUUUCUGUUAGUAAUAAUUAAAGUUUUGUAAAGACGGGCUCUGUUUUAUACGAAUACUUUUGUUAAAAUUCGUCAUCAGGGUUAAUUACGAUGGCCAGUAAGCGACAGUUGGACGCAGGACCAACAUCUGACAGCGAUGAACCGCAAGCAAAAAGACCAACGACGAUUUUGCCUGCAGUCAGCAUUGGACCAGUUGCUUCACUGGAAGAGAUGGAUCUGAAGAUGUUAAAGUUCCAGAACAAGAAGUUGUGGGAGAAGAUUGAGAUCAGAAGACAAGCGGAACGCGAGUUGGAAGAUCAGAUUGAAACCAUGGAAGCAAAACAAACAGCAACUGAUGCUACACUAAGUCUCGUUAAUAGAUACUGGGAUCAGUUGGAUGAAAACAUAAAGAUCACAUUAAAAAGACUCGGACAGGACUCCGAUGAAGUAGUUGAAGAAAACUCAACUCAAGAUGAGGAAGAUUUAAAAAAGAAAUCAUUCCACCGGCUACUCUGUGACAACGACUUUCAAGUAAUCAAAGAAAACGUGGCGGACAGGUUGGAUUUCUCGCGAAGAACAUUUGCAAAAGUAAUCGAUGCUAUAUUGGACCAAAAGAAGCAACAAACAUCUAUUUCUGAAGCAAUCAAAGAAAAUGAAAAUGUUGAGGAACAUCUGAAGACAGAGGUUGGAAAACUGGAAGAAGCGAAUAAUAAUCUACAGGAACUAACUACAGGGUUGCAAGCAGAACACCAUAAGUUCUACAUGGAUCGAUCGAACGUGGAAGAGAAGAUCAAUUUAUUGGAGGAGAGAGUGGAGGAACUACAGGAGACGGCGGAGACCGCUCGCUGGGAGCUGAAAAAGACGAGGCUUAGAGAAGACAGACUUACCCGACACUUGGCUGAAGCAUUAGACAAAAUAAACAAAGGAACUUUAGUGGAAGCUUCAACUUCUAAUGCUGCUGCUGCUGAAACAGAGACUGCUGCUAAGGCGCCCAACGAACAAGCAGAAGAAGCGGUUCUUCUCGCAGAAAGUCGAUUGAAUGAAUUGGAAACAUUGAAGAAGCAACAUCAGGAUUGUUUAAAGGAGUUGGAACGAGCGAAAAUUGAUUUACGCAAUAUCCCUGAUUCUCUCAUCAUCCAGUCAUCCGAAUAUCGAACCCUUAAGUCCCAGUUCUCGGUGUUAUACCAUGAAAGUGUUCAGAUGAAAACAAUGUUGGAUGAAUCGCGGGUCCUCAUUCAACAGACAAGGAAUUCAAACUUGAGGAGAAUUGAACAAAUGGAGGUUGAUGAACUUCAAACACAAACUAAACUUCGUAACGAACUCAUCCAGUUAGAAGACACGCUUGCCAAGGUGAGACACGAUUACGAGUCUCUACACACCGAACUUGAACAAAACCUCGCAGCCAAUGAGCAAGCGGGGCCAGUGAACCGUGAAAUGCGUCAUCUGAUCAAUAGUCUACAAAAUCACAACAGACAGUUGAAGGGAGAGAUCCAACGAUACAAACGUAAAAUUAAAGAUCUACAAAAUGAACUUGCAAAAUCUAAACAAGAAGAGAUCCGGAGGUUGCAAGAUGAGAUCAAACAUGAGUCGGAUAAACUCUUUUCAUCAGUGAAGUCGGUCAAGCUGGAGGAAGAUGUUGACGUGAAGAAAGAAGUUGUGGAAGAGGAAGAAGAAGCAACAAGCAACCAACCUGGGUUUAAAUCAAAUCCCCAACUUUACCAAGAAAUUGAAGAUCUUGAAAAGAAAUUGAAUGACAAGGGAACGGAGAUGGAAAAAAUAUCAAAAGAACUCAAAACAACAAAUGCUGAAAUGAAAGAAUUGAAAUUAUUACUUGACAUGUACAAGGGAUUGUCUAAAGAACAAAGGGACAAGGCAGAAAUAAUGGCGAAUGAAAAAGUUGCAACAUCUGCCAGAGAUGAUCUUGAGAAGAAGAUCCGAUCGUUGGAGGAAGAUGUUGCUCGUGAGGAUUCGAGGAGCAAAGAGUUGGAGAAGAAGCUACAGAGAUCGGAGGAGCAACUUGCGGAUGCGGUAGGGAAGGUGAAGGAAGAGAAAGAUAGGAGAGAGAAGAAAGAAGAGGAGCUUCUACUUAGGGGUCCGGAUGCUGAUUCAUUGAGAAAGAUGAAGGUAUUGGAAGAAACGAUAAUCGAGCUUCGGCGCAAUCUCUCGGCCACCAAGCAAGAGGAGGAAGCUCUUCUAUCGGAGAUGGAUGUCACGGGACAAGCGUUCGAGGAUAUGCAGGAACAAAACAUGAGGUUGCUGCAACAGCUACGUGAGAAAGAUGACGCAAACUUUAAACUUAUGUCUGAGAGAAUAAAAGCCAACCAAGUUCACAAACUUCUACAAGAAGAAAAAAGUGUUUUACAGGAUCAGAACAACACGUUGCAUAUGCAGGUUGACUCCCAGAACCAAGUAGUCCGGAUGUUGGAGGAAAAAGAGCGAUCCUUACAAGGAACCCUCGUCACUAUGGAGAAGGAACUUAACUUGAGGUCGCAGAUCAUGGAUUUGCAUAAGAGAAAAGCAGUAGAGAUGACACAGAUUCGCGAGGAUUUGCUCCGAGAUGUUGAGAAGAAGAAAGAGAGGUUGUCUAUCCUGGAGGAAUCCAUGGAUAGAAAAGUUGAAAAUCUCGAGGAAGAACAUUUCAAACUAAGUCGAUUACAGGAGGAUGGGGCAAAACUCCGUCGUAAGUUGGAGAAACAUAAGAAGACAGAAGGAUUGUAUAGUGCUGACGAAGUGCUUAUGGAGGAAAUCAAGGAAUAUAAGACAAAGCUGAGAUGUCCAUGUUGUAAUGUGAACAACAAGGACGCCGUGUUAACCAAAUGUUUUCAUGUGUUUUGCAUCAAAUGCAUCAAGACAAGAUACGAAACACGACAGAGAAAAUGCCCAAAAUGCAACGCAGGGUUUGGUGGAAAUGAUUUCCAUCGUAUUUAUAUCGAGUAGUAGAGCCCAUUGACCCAAUGGUUCCAAAAGUGGGCUUUACUAAAAGGGCGAAUUACACUGGUUUACAAUGCAUUUUUGGCUGCUUUUGCAUUAUUGCAGUUAGGAUUAUUUUGACAAAAUCUGUAUUAAUUAAUGCGAAACAUUUGGGUGCGCAAAAACAGCCUUAAAAACAUUGGGUUUAAAUGUUUAAAAUGCCCGAGUAGAAAUGUAUAAGUUUCAGUUUCCAUUUAAUUGAAAUACAGAAAACAGUUUAUGCUAUUUUAACAUACCAAGCCUUCCCUUGAUAAUUGUGAAAAAAUGAUCUUAUCCAACUGUUUAUGCAUGGCAGUAUGAAAGAUCUACGUCAUUUCAA